GACAGACAGAAGUUUGACAUACUUAAGACAAAGACCACAGCAAUUUGGAGUUCACUUGUUUUCAGCCACUGAGGAAGGAGCAUCUCUGUGUUACUACUUCAUCACAGAAGCCCAGGAAUUUCAAGCUGCAUGAGGAAAAGAAAACAGAGACUCUGAGACAUAAUCUGUUCCACUGACAACUCUGGAUAGUGGAGACAAGAAGCAGCAGGAGACCAGAGCUGCAGGAAGCCAACAUACCACCACUAAAAAGAUAAGGCUUCAGGAGGGAACCUCCAAAAACACACAAAAAGCUCUUCCGACUUCACAUGAGGAAAGGAGGACAAACCUCUCUCUAGAGAGGAGUCGAGAGCUGAAGGGCUGAAGAGGAAACUAAAAAGACCUUGCUGAAGUGUGCAGAGAGCGUGUGCUCGGAGGACUGACUGGACUGAAGUGAUCUUGAGAGGUAGUGAGAAAAGCAGCAGCAAUCUGGAGGACAAUCAGCAAGAGGUCCACCUAGGCCCACAGCACAAUUUCACUAUGAGUAUGACUGGUACUCUAGAGAAGGGGGCCCACCACCAGGCCUUGGACCUGUCUGAGGAACUGCCGCCACACCACCACCAUCAACAUAUCAACCACCACCAGCAUCUUCACCACUCCAACUCCCUAGCCUCCACCACAGCUGUGGGGGGAGGCAGAGAAACACCUUCACGUGUGGUUGUACCUCCUCCUUAUUCUGCAGCUGAGAGUGGUGGUGGAGGCAGUGAAGGUCCUCUGGAGCUGCGGGGGUCCUUGGAUUGCUGGGCCUGCUCGGUGCUGGUGACAGCUCAGAACCUGAUUAUUGCCACGAUCAACGCCUGCCUCGCUGGACUGGUGUUUGGGACCAUCCUGAUGCCAGCCAUUGUCAUGGUGGCAUUUGGCUUCCUCUGCCACUCUACAGUCCGCCCUCAUGGGACCACCCCCUACUGCUCAGACCUGCUGACUGAUGGAGGCUGUGUGGCUCUGCUGGUGGUGGGUUUCCUCUUGGUCACCCCUCUGCUGGUCCUGGCACUGGCUGCAUACUGCCGCCUGGCCCGACACCUUCAGCUGGGCCUGUGCUUCAUCCCAUACAGCCGGGCUGUGUACAAGAAUCUGCCUGCCACCCAACACCGUGGCCUGGGCACCGGCUGCUGUGGUGGACGAGAUGGAGCAAAUGGCAGUGGGAAGGGAAAGGUCUGGGUGUGAGAUAGUCAGAACAUGGGGGAUGGGGAGGAAAAAAAACAUUAGAUGAAGCAUAUGGAGACAACAGCACAGUGUAUACCAGAGAAGUGAAGAAGAAGGUAUGAAUGGAAAUUCCAACAACAACACCUUGAACAUCCUGGAAAACCAGUUACAUUGUUAUAAACACUGACUAAUGACUUACUCCCCAUGACUUUAAAGUCAGAGCAACAAUACUGAUUGUUAAGAAUAAUGAAAAAAGAACACAGUGAACGAGGACAUUUUGUUGAUUGGUAUUAUUCCACUGGACACAUUGGCUGUUACUGGAACUUUGACUAUCUUGUAACUUUCCAGCUACAACUUGGUGGCAUGUAUUCUACAGGAAAGACGACUAGGAUAACUUUCAAGGUCAAAUGUAUAUAGUUUCAUAUAAACAAUCAUAGAAACAAGAAAAUAGCAUGAUACUAAAAUGCAGUAUUAAUCAAGGCAAUAAAUAAUAAGGAUAAAGCAUCUUAACAGAUUUGUAUACAACCUUAACUUUCCUGAAUUAAUCAGGGGAGAAUAGGAAAACUGAAAAUAUCACACCUCAGAAAAAGUUGAACUUACACUAAACAAUAAUUGUAUCACUUUUUUUUAUUAUGAAAAACAUAUUUGCUUAAUGUAGUUUGCUGUUAAGUUGAUGCAACCUGUGACUGUAAUUUCUCAUGCUUUUCCCUUUUUAUAAAUAAAAUUUUUG